GAAGAAAUUUAUUGGAACCUAGUAUAUAAUCUCAAAAAAUUCUUUGUGAAAGAAUAAAAACUGUCAAACACGUAAACUUUAGAAUCGUACAAAUUAUAAUAAUAACAAAUUAAUUUCUAAAUAUUACGCAAUUUGUGUAUAGGUAAAUAACUUCGAGAAUAAAUCAUUGUUCUGUCUUUAAAUUGCUCAAAAAUGGAUAUUUUAAAAGCAGAAAUAAUGAAGAAAAGAAAACAGUUGGAGGAGAGCAAUGUCUUGGUUAAUAUUGCAGCAAAAUAACCGGAAAUAUUUUAGAAGAGGCGAACUAAUAGCAAAGGAUCAAGAAGUGAAGGAAGUACAAGAAAAUAAUGAUGAAGAUGUUAAAAUUAAUACGACUCAACAACAAGAAGACUCUGUAACUGAUGGUAGCUCUGAGCAUUUAACAUUACCUAGACAUGAAGUGAUUAGAAGGUUACGUGAAAGAAGUGAACCUAUACUACUAUUUGGAGAAUCAGAAAUAGAAGCAUUUAAACGAUUAAGAAAAUGUGAAAUUCUUGAGCCUGAAGUGAAUAAGGGUUUUAGAAAUGAUUUUCAAGAAGCUAUGGAACAAGUAGAUCAAGCAUAUCUAAAUGAAAUACUGGCUUCUUCUAAACCUCAAGAUCGCGAUGGAAAAGGAGAUGUACAUGUACCAGAUGAAGGAGUUACCUAUGAAGAUUUACAAAAGAUGUCUAUAAAAUUAAACAAGGGUGACAGGGAUUUUGACUUAAAUGUCAUUACACAAUUUAUACAAUUCUUAGUACAAAUGUGGGGUAAUCAAUUAAAUAGUAGAAGUGCUGCUGAAAAAAUGAGUACUAGAGGAAAGAUGGCUAGUGCUACUUAUGCCCAAACAAGAGAAUACUUGAAACCUCUUCUUAGAAAAUUAAAAAAUAGAUCUCUGCCAGAGGAUAUUACGGAUAGUUUAACCGAUAUUGUAAAACAUUUACUUGAACGUAAUUACAUACUGGCAAGUGAUGCAUACCUACAAAUGGCAAUUGGAAAUUCUCCAUGGCCUAUUGGAGUAACUAUGGUCGGUAUUCAUGCACGUACCGGAAGAGAAAAGAUUUUCUCAAAGAACGUUGCACAUGUAAUGAACGAUGAAACUCAAAGAAAAUAUAUUCAAGCAUUAAAAAGGCUAAUGACCAAGUGUCAGGAGUAUUAUCCCACAGAUCCGUCUCGUUGUGUAGAAUAUUCAAAAACCUAAUAUUUUUAUACAUAAUAUAUAUAAAUAAUUAUGCGUUGUAGAAUACUAUAAUACUUAUACACUAUACUGUAGCUAAAGGAACUAAAGUUGUAUUUAGUAACAAAUCGAUUCAUCUAUAUCUGAA